AUGGUAAUGAACCAACCUGACAUCGUGGUGGUGGACAAAGGGCAGAGGACAGCCGUGGUGGUGGACAAAGGGCAGAGGACAGCCGUGGUGGUGGACAAAGGGCAGAGGACAGCCGUGGUGGUGGACAAAGGACAGAGGACAGCCGUGGUGGUGGACAAAGGGCAGAGGACAGCCGUGGUGGUGGACAAAGGGCAGAGGACAGCCGUGGUGGUGGACAAAGGGCAGAGGACAGCCGUGGUGGUGGACAAAGGGCAGAGGACAGCCGUGGUGGUGGACAAAGGGCAGAGGACAGCCGUGGUGGUGGACAAAGGGCAGAGGACAGCCGUGGUGGUGGACAAAGGGCAGAGGACAGCCGUGGUGGUGGACAAAGGGCAGAGGACAGCCGUGGUGGUGGACAAAGGGCAGAGGACAGCCGUGGUGGUGGACAAAGGGCAGAGGACAGCCGUGGUGGUGGACAAAGGGCAGAGGACAGCGUGGGUCUGUCUGGUGUUGGACUAUGGGGCUGGGGUCUGUCUGGUGUUGGACUAUGGGGCUGGGGUCUCUCUGGUGUUGGACUAUGGGGCUGGGGUCUGUCUGGUGUUGGACUAUGGGGCUGGGGUCAGUCUGGUGUUGGACUAUGGGGCUGGGGUCAGUCUGGUGUUGGACUAUGGGGCUGGGGUCUCUCUGGUGUUGGACUAUGGGGCUGGGGUCUGUCUGGUGUUGGACUAUGGGGCUGGGGUCAGUCUGGUGUUGGACUAUGGGGCUGGGGUCUCUCUGGUGUUGGACUAUGGGGCUGGGGUCUGUCUGGUGUUGGACUAUGGGGCUGGGGUCUGUCUGGUGUUGGACUAUGGGGCUGGGGUCUGUCUGGUGUUGGACUAUGGGGCUGGGGUCUGUCUGGUGUUGGACUAUGGGGCUGGGGUCUGUCUGGUGUUGGACUAUGGGGCUGGGGUCAGUCUGGUGUUGGACUAUGGGGCUGGGGUCAGUCUGGUGUUGGACUAUGGGGCUGGGGUCUGUCUGGUGUUGGACUAUGGGGCUGGGGUCUGUCUGGUGUUGGACUAUGGGGCUGGGGUCAGUCUGGUGUUGGACUAUGGGGCUGGGGUCUCUCUGGUGUUGGACUAUGGGGCUGGGGUCUGUCUGGUGUUGGACUAUGGGGCUGGGGUCAGUCUGGUGUUGGACUAUGGGGCUGGGGUCAGUCUGGUGUUGGACUAUGGGGCUGGGGUCAGUCUGGUGUUGGACUAUGGGGCUGGGGUCAGUCUGGUGUUGGACUAUGGGGCUGGGGUCUCUCUGGUGUUGGACUAUGGGGCUAGGGUCUGUCUGGUGUUGGACUAUGGGGCUAGGGUCUGUCUGGUGUUGGACUAUGGGGCUGGGGUCUCUCUGGUGUUGGACUAUGGGGCUGGGGUCAGUCUGGUGUUGGACUAUGGGGCUGGGGUCAGUCUGGUGUUGGACUAUGGGGCUGGGGUCUGUCUGGUGUUGGACUAUGGGGCUGGGGUCUCUCUGGUGUUGGACUAUGGGGCUGGGGUCAGUCUGGUGUUGGACUAUGGGGCUGGGGUCUCUCUGGUGUUGGACUAUGGGGCUGGGGUCUGUCUGGUGUUGGACUAUGGGGCUGGGGUCAGUCUGGUGUUGGACUAUGGGGCUGGGGUCUCUCUGGUGUUGGACUAUGGGGCUGGGGUCUGUCUGGUGUUGGACUAUGGGGCUGGGGUCUCUCUGGUGUUGGACUAUGGGGCUGGGGUCAGUCUGGUGUUGGACUAUGGGGCUGGGGUCUGUCUGGUGUUGGACUAUGGGGCUGGGGUCUGUCUGGUGUUGGACUAUGGGGCUGGGGUCUGUCUGGUGUUGGACUAUGGGGCUGGGGUCUCUCUGGUGUUGGACUAUGGGGCUGGGGUCUGUCUGGUGUUGGACUAUGGGGCUGGGGUCAGUCUGGUGUUGGACUAUGGGGCUGGGGUCAGUCUGGUGUUGGACUAUGGGGCUGGGGUCUGUCUGGUGUUGGACUAUGGGGCUGGGGUCAGUCUGGUGUUGGACUAUGGGGCUGGGGUCAGUCUGGUGUUGGACUAUGGGGCUGGGGUCAGUCUGGUGUUGGACUAUGGGGCUGGGGUCAGUCUGGUGUUGGACUAUGGGGCUGGGGUCAGUCUGGUGUUGGACUAUGGGGCUGGGGUCAGUCUGGUGUUGGACUAUGGGGCUGGGGUCAGUCUGGUGUUGGACUAUGGGGCUGGGGUCUCUCUGGUGUUGGACUAUGGGGCUAGGGUCUGUCUGGUGUUGGACUAUGGGGCUGGGGUCUCUCUGGUGUUGGACUAUGGGGCUGGGGUCUCUCUGGUGUUGGACUAUGGGGCUGGGGUCUGUCUGGUGUUGGACUAUGGGGCUGGGGUCUGUCUGGUGUUGGACUAUGGGGCUGGGGUCAGUCUGGUGUUGGACUAUGGGGCUGGGGUCAGUCUGGUGUUGGACUAUGGGGCUGGGGUCAGUCUGGUGUUGGACUAUGGGGCUGGGGUCAGUCUGGUGUUGGACUAUGGGGCUGGGGUCUCUCUGGUGUUGGACUAUGGGGCUGGGGUCAGGUCUGUCUGGUGUUGGACUAUGGGGCCUGGGGUCUGUCUGGUGUUGGACUAUGGGGCUGGGGUCUGUCUGGUGUUGGACUAUGGGGCUGGGGUCUCUCUGGUGUUGGACUAUGGGGCUGGGGUCUGUCUGGUGUUGGACUAUGGGGCUGGGGUCUCUCUGGUGUUGGACUAUGGGGCUGGGGUCAGUCUGGUGUUGGACUAUGGGGCUGGGGUCUCUCUGGUGUUGGACUAUGGGGCUGGGGUCAGUCUGGUGUUGGACUAUGGGGCUGGGGUCAGUCUGGUGUUGGACUAUGGGGCUGGGGUCUCUCUGGUGUUGGACUAUGGGGCUGGGGUCAGUCUGGUGUUGGACUAUGGGGCUGGGGUCAGUCUGGUGUUGGACUAUGGGGCUGGGGUCUCUCUGGUGUUGGACUAUGGGGCUGGGGUCAGUCUGGUGUUGGACUAUGGGGCUGGGGUCUGUCUGGUGUUGGACUAUGGGGCUAGGGUCUGUCUGGUGUUGGACUAUGGGGCUGGGGUCAGUCUGGUGUUGGACUAUGGGGCUGGGGUCAGUCUGGUGUUGGACUAUGGGGCUGGGGUCUCUCUGGUGUUGGACUAUGGGGCUGGGGUCAGUCUGGUGUUGGACUAUGGGGCUGGGGUCAGUCUGGUGUUGGACUAUGGGGCUGGGGUCUCUCUGGUGUUGGACUAUGGGGCUGGGGUCUGUCUGGUGUUGGACUAUGGGGCUGGGGUCAGUCUGGUGUUGGACUAUGGGGCUGGGGUCAGUCUGGUGUUGGACUAUGGGGCUAGGGUCUGUCUGGUGUUGGACUAUGGGGCUGGGGUCUGUCUGGUGUUGGACUAUGGGGCUGGGGUCAGUCUGGUGUUGGACUAUGGGGCUGGGGUCUCUCUGGUGUUGGACUAUGGGGCUGGGGUCAGUCUGGUGUUGGACUAUGGGGCUGGGGUCAGUCUGGUGUUGGACUAUGGGGCUGGGGUCAGUCUGGUGUUGGACUAUGGGGCUGGGGUCUCUCUGGUGUUGGACUAUGGGGCUGGGGUCAGUCUGGUGUUGGACUAUGGGGCUGGGGUCUCUCUGGUGUUGGACUAUGGGGCUGGGGUCUGUCUGGUGUUGGACUAUGGGGCUGGGGUCUCUCUGGUGUUGGACUAUGGGGCUGGGGUCUGUCUGGUGUUGGACUAUGGGGCUGGUGUCUGUCUGGUGUUGGACUAUGGGGCUGGGGUCUCUCUGGUGUUGGACUAUGGGGCUGGGGUCUGUCUGGUGUUGGACUAUGGGGCUAGGGUCUGUCUGGUGUUGGACUAUGGGGCUGGGGUCUGUCUGGUGUUGGACUAUGGGGCUGGGGUCUGUCUGGUGUUGGACUAUGGGGCUGGGGUCUCUCUGGUGUUGGACUAUGGGGCUGGGGUCAGUCUGGUGUUGGACUAUGGGGCUGGGGUCUCUCUGGUGUUGGACUAUGGGGGGCUGGGUCUGGUGUUGGACUAUGGGGCUGGGGUCAGUCUGGUGUUGGACUAUGGGGCUGGGGUCUCUCUGGUGUUGGACUAUGGGGCUAGGGUCUGUCUGGUGUUGGACUAUGGGGCUGGGGUCUCUCUGGUGUUGGACUAUGGGGCUGGGGUCUCUCUGGUGUUGGACUAUGGGGCUGGGGUCUCUCUGGUGUUGGACUAUGGGGCUGGGGUCAGUCUGGUGUUGGACUAUGGGGCUGGGGUCAGUCUGGUGUUGGACUAUGGGGCUGGGGUCUCUCUGGUGUUGGACUAUGGGGCUGGGGUCAGUCUGGUGUUGGACUAUGGGGCUGGGGUCUCUCUGGUGUUGGACUAUGGGGCUGGGGUCAGUCUGGUGUUGGACUAUGGGGCUGGGGUCAGUCUGGUGUUGGACUAUGGGGCUGGGGUCUCUCUGGUGUUGGACUAUGGGGCUGGGGUCAGUCUGGUGUUGGACUAUGGGGCUGGGGUCAGUCUGGUGUUGGACUAUGGGGCUGGGGUCUCUCUGGUGUUGGACUAUGGGGCUGGGGUCAGUCUGGUGUUGGACUAUGGGGCUGGGGUCUCUCUGGUGUUGGACUAUGGGGCUGGGGUCUGUCUGGUGUUGGACUAUGGGGCUGGGGUCUCUCUGGUGUUGGACUAUGGGGCUGGGGUCUCUCUGGUGUUGGACUAUGGGGCUAGGGUCUGUCUGGUGUUGGACUAUGGGGCUGGGGUCUGUCUGGUGUUGGACUAUGGGGCUGGGGUCUCUCUGGUGUUGGACUAUGGGGCUGGGGUCUUUCUGGUGUUGGACUAUGGGGCUGGGGUCUGUCUGGUGUUGGACUAUGGGGCUGGGGUCUGUCUGGUGUUGGACUAUGGGGCUGGGGUCUGUCUGGUGUUGGACUAUGGGGCUGGGGUCUCUCUGGUGUUGGACUAUGGGGCUGGGGGUCUCUCUGGUGUUGGACUAUGGGGCUGGGGUCUCUCUGGUGUUGGACUAUGGGGCUGGGGUCUCUCUGGUGUUGGACUAUGGGGCUGGGGUCUCUCUGGUGUUGGACUAUGGGGGGCUGGGGUCUGUCUGGUGUUGGACUAUGGGGCUGGGGUCUCUCUGGUGUUGGACUAUGGGGCUGGGGUCUGUCUGGUGUUGGACUAUGGGGCUGGGGUCUCUCUGGUGUUGGACUAUGGGGCUAGGGUCUCUCUGGUGUUGGACUAUGGGGCUGGGGUCUCUCUGGUGUUGGACUAUGGGGCUGGGGUCUCUCUGGUGUUGGACUAUGGGGCUAGGGUCUCUCUGGUGUUGGACUAUGGGGCUGGGGUCUCUCUGGUGUUGGACUAUGGGGCUGGGGUCAGUCUGGUGUUGGACUAUGGGGCUGGGGUCUCUCUGGUGUUGGACUAUGGGGCUGGGGUCUCUCUGGUGUUGGACUAUGGGGCUGGGGUCAGUCUGGUGUUGGACUAUGGGGCUGGGGUCAGUCUGGUGUUGGACUAUGGGGCUAGGGUCUCUCUGGUGUUGGACUAUGGGGCUGGGGUCAGUCUGGUGUUGGACUAUGGGGCUGGGGUCUCUCUGGUGUUGGACUAUGGGGCUGGGGUCUCUCUGGUGUUGGACUAUGGGGCUAGGGUCUCUCUGGUGUUGGACUAUGGGGCUAGGGUCUCUCUGGUGUUGGACUAUGGGGCUGGGGUCUCUCUGGUGUUGGACUAUGGGGCUAGGAAACAAGUUGAGAUGUGA